AUGUCUUCGUGGGGUGAUACAGCGUUUGGGACGUAUACCCGUCCCGUCUCGUUACUGCUUGGCAUUGAGGUCUCACCUCUGGUUUCUCGGCUUACAUCAUCGAUGGAAGCCCUGGCGCUCAACGAAAUGGCCGUGGCAAUGGUUGAAGCUCCUUCGAUCACGGUGUUCGAUGGCUUCGGCGAUGGGUCGACAUCUGGAGACCUGGACAAUCAAGACUUGACUCCGAUCGACGCGGGCGGCCAGAUGGUGCUGGCGGCCCCCGACGACGACGACGACGACGACUUUGUGUGGCCAACCUCACCACGCCCACAGCCGGUGUCUUUACCGGACAUAUUGUCCGAUGUUCAGCAGGGUUUCGCAUGCAAUGAGCUCCCACCCAUUGACAUAUCUCUGUGGAGGUAA